CGCAAUCGUGUUUGUCAUGCUUAUAAAGCUUGUCGCAUUCGUUCUGUUUUCCAGUUACCGCGGAUUUCGUGUGGAAUAUAAAUUGUCGUGUUUAUAUACAUAUUUUAUUUUACCUAUCAAAGUUACGUAAUUAAUUGUACAAUAUACGAGAUAAUAAUAACUAAAUAACUAAACAUAACUAAAUAACUAAAAUGGCUAUUAAUGCUGCGAAAACUGUUCUCAAGCAAGGCAAAACUGCAUUAUUCAUAUGCGAUGUUCAGGAAAAAUUCGUUAAGGCUAUACACGAAUUCGACAAGAUUGUUCAAAAUUCAACAAAAUUGAUCAGUGCUUUGAAGCUUUUGAAUGUGCCUAUGCUAGUUUCUGAGCAAAAUCCAACAUCUUUAGGGAAAACCAUACCUGAACUUGACAUCUCUGGAGCGAAAGGUCCUUUUGCAAAAACUCAAUUUAGUAUGUAUACUCCUGAAAUUUGUAAGGAGCUUGAAACACUUUGUUGCGGAGGAAAACCAGACUCUAUUAUACUUAUUGGUGUUGAAACACAUGUCUGUGUAGAAAAUACAGCUAUUGACUUGAGACAAAAUGGUUACGAAGUUCAUACUGUCGCAGAUUGUUGUUCUUCACGUACUCAAGAAGAUAGAUUAUUAGCUUUAGAGAGAAUGCGAGAUAUAGGAUGUCACAUAAGUACUUCUGAGAGUGUUAUAUUCAAAAUUUUACGUGAUGCAAAACAUGAACAAUUCAAAAAUAUACUGGCUAUCAUCAAAGCACCAACUUUGUACACAGGAUUAGUUUCAGUUUCAAAAAUAUAAAUAUUUUUAACAAGUUAUCUAUAUAACAAUUAU